CCAACGCUGAUGUCCGCCGCGAUCCCGCCCGCGAAAGCCAAGUCGCUGCGCGCAUGCCUCCUCUGCUCGCUCAUCCAGACGCCCGUCGACUUUCGCAAAAAUGGCUGUCCCAACUGCGAAGAGCUCAUGCAAAUGCGCGGCUCGCCCGACAGGAUCUCGGUCUGCACGACGACCUACUUCGACGGCGUCAUAGCCGUCAUCGACCCGGAGACGAGCUGGGUCGCCAAGUGGCAGCGAACCUCGAAAUACGUGCGCGGGAUGUACGCGGUGCGCGUGAAGGGCCGCGUGCCGGAGGACGUCGAAGCGGAGCUCGAAGCGCGCGGGAUCCGCUACCGCCCGCGCGACGGGACCGAGCAGGACUAGAAGACCGUCCCUCCUCCUCCUCCUCCUCCUCCUCCUCCUCCUCCUCAUCUCCUACCGCCCCCUCGACCCCCCCGCCUCCCACCCCGUCCCGCCCCUCGACCCCGCGAGCCGGCCUCGUCUUCGGCCUCGACGCCUCCGUCCCGCCCACGCCCCCCUCUCCGUGCCGCACCACCCCCACCCCCACGCCCUCUCUCCC